AUGUUUUUCAGAGGCAAAAUCGUUUGGCAAGCACAGAAUGCUCGUGCUUACACUAAACAUCAUGGUCAAUGUGGACCUCAUACAACAUUGAAGGACCUGCACAACCCUCUACCGUCUUCUAUAUUGCAGUUUGCCAAUCUUCCUCUUCCCAAUUCCUAUCUCUUUCACCAAUUGCUCAAUGGUUCUGACUUGAUCAAUGUUUUGGAUCUCUCUCAGUGGGACAAAGCCCCACCUUACAAUUCUCUACCUCCAUCCGACUCACCGGAAGAGCAGCGUUUCACCUAG